UGGAGGGGGCCUGCUGUGCUCUGUCAGCCUCGGAGCUCCUCCACCCUGGCUGCCGAGAGCCCCUUCCCGCCAUCUAAUGAUACACUCUGCAUUCGCUUCUGUUGAGAAUUUGUGGCUAGACAUUCCUGUGGGACCGGGAAUCCAAAUUCUUGGGUACAAACAGAAACUUACUUUCCUUGGGGAUUUUUUUCUCUCUCACUCGCACACACUCUCGCGUUCUUUCCUUUUUUCUUUUUCGUAGCAGCAGGGGGAAAAAAAAGAGACAACCCAAAGCAACAAAAAGCAACACCCCCCUCUUUUAUUUUCAAAAGUAGUUAGAAAAAAAAUAACAAAACAACAGCCAACCAAGUCAAUCCCAACCCUCCCCCUUAAGGGCUGAAAGUUCUCGCCUUCUUGAGAGCCGGGCAUGGCAUCGAACAGCAUCUUCGACUCCUUCCCGACCUACUCGCCGACCUUCAUCCGCGACCCGAGCACCAGCCGCCGCUUCACACCUCCCUCCACGGCCUUCCCCUGCGGCGGCGGCGGCGGCGGCAAGAUGGGCGAGAACAGCGGCGCGCUGAGCGCGCAAGCGGCCGUGGGGCCCGGCGGGCGCGCACGUCCCGAGGUGCGCUCGAUGGUGGACGUGCUGGCGGACCACCCGGGCGAGCUCGUGCGCACGGACAGCCCCAACUUCCUCUGCUCCGUGCUGCCCUCGCACUGGCGCUGCAACAAGACGCUGCCCGUCGCCUUCAAGGUGGUGGCAAUGGGGGAUGUGCCGGAUGGCACGGUGGUGACCGUGAUGGCAGGCAAUGAUGAGAACUACUCUGCGGAGCUACGCAACGCCUCAGCCGUCAUGAAGAACCAGGUGGCCAGGUUCAACGACCUUCGCUUCGUGGGACGCAGUGGGCGAGGGCACCGGCAGAAACUGGAGGACCAGACCAAGGCAUUUCCUGACCGCUUUGGGGACCUGGAACGGCUGCGCAUGCGGGUGACACCGAGCACACCCAGCCCCCGAGGCUCACUCAGCACCACAAGCCACUUCAGCAGCCAGCCCCAGACCCCCAUCCAAGGCACCUCGGAACUGAACCCAUUCUCCGACCCCCGCCAGUUUGACCGCUCCUUCCCGACGCUGCCAGCCCUCACGGAGAGCCGCUUCCCGGACCCCAGGAUGCAUUACCCUGGGGCCAUGCCGGCUGCCUUUCCCUACAGCGCCACGCCCUCAGGCACAAGCAUCAGCAGCCUCAGUGUGGCAGGCAUGCCGGCCACCAGCCGCUUCCACCACACCUACCUCCCACCACCCUACCCGGGGGCCCCGCAAAACCAGAGCGGGCCCUUCCAGGCCAACCCAUCCCCCUACCACCUCUACUACGGCACGUCCUCUGGCUCCUACCAGUUCUCCAUGGUGGCUGGCAGCAGCAGCGGGGGUGACCGCUCGCCCACUCGCAUGCUGGCCUCCUGCACCAGCAGCGCUGCCUCUGUUGCCACCAGCAACCUGAUGAACCCCAGCCUGGGCGGCCAGAGUGACAGCGUGGAGGCCGACGGCAGCCACAGCAACUCGCCCACGGCCCUGAGCACACCGGGCCGCAUGGAUGAGGCCGUGUGGCGGCCCUACUGACCGCCCCAGUGGACUCCUCCCAAGGGAGGUGGGGACCCUAACAACCUUCCGGCCAGCUCUGAGGCUCCGGGCAGGAAUGGGACUUGUGCUUUAGCGUGGUCUCAGUCCCAGGGCGGUUCCAGCUGAUGGGUGUCUCUGACUGCAUCUGUCCAGCACAUCCUUGUACAGAGGUGUGGGGAACAGCCCCACCUGGGACACGGCCCCCAGCCCAGAUCCCGGCGGUCUCAUCAGCCAUCUGCCACCUCCCCAGAAGGACCUCACUGUCUCCAGCUAUGCCCAGUGUUGCAUGGGGCCCAUGUCUCCUGGGACAGAGGCUGUCUCUCUUCCAAAGAGAGGUGGCAUUGGCCCACAGCAUAAGCCUCAGGCCACAGGAAACCUCCCCACCCCUGCAUCCCCUGGGUCCAGCUCCCUCUGCAUUUACACAGAUGGAGUCAGAACUGGAAAGUGACCCCCACCCCUGCCACCUUUGAGAGGGGUUCCCCUCAUUGUACAGAUGGGGCAGGACCCUGCACAUUGCUGGCAGAGAUGGGAUGAGAACACAUCCAAGCCAGUCCCCCCAGCCCGGCUUCCCCUCCGUCCCUAACAGUUGGCUUUUCCCCAGCUGCAUGGUCCCAGGCACCAGAGGAGAUGAGGCUAUGGCAUCAGCUCCCUAAACCCAGGAAGGCUCCUGCAGACUGGCUCCUCCAUGCACUUUACCAGCCCAAGGCAUCCACCCUCUGUUCUCUUGGUUGGGGGUGGGGGGGUCCCCUUUCCCCUAGGCAGUCUCAUAAUUUCCAUUUGUGGAGAGAAUAGGGGGGCCCGAUAGGUCCUAGCAGAAGGCGUUGAGGUGAGGGAUCAUUUGGGGUCAGACAUCAGUGUCCCUGUCCCACCCAGGUCCAGCCAAGCUGUGCCCCGUCCCUCAAGCCUCCCUGGAGGACCUGGCCAAAUCUUGCAACUCCUGACACAUACCUGUCUGUCGUUAGCCUGUUUUGUGCUCUGAAAGUGAAUGGUCCUGAACAACAACAAAAAACAGUUUUUAAAACUGAUUUUAGAAAAAGAAGCUUAAUCUAACAUUUUCAAACACAAGGUCUCUUAGAAGCAUAGCUCCGUGUUGAUGAGCAGCAUCCCUAGCCUCUCCCCCCUCACCAACCCCAGCUGCCUCCUAAGGGUGUGGGGUGAUUAGGGUCUCAGUACUUCCUCAAGGGGCUACAGUCCCCGCCAGGCAGCAUCCCAGUAGCCUGCACCACAGGCGCCGCUGGGAGGACAAGGGAAACGCUGGUGAGAUGCUGUCCUCUGUGGCUCUGGGACAUCUGUCCAGGAGGCUGUGCGGGUAUUCUGAUUGGGGUGGGUGGGAUGGGAGAGGAGGGGAGCACUGGCUUUGCGUGGCAGAAGAGAAGCACUGUAAGGGCAUGCCAGCCGCAUCUCAGCCCCACUGCAUUCCGAGGUGAAGUCUUGCCCCUGAGUUUUGCAAAAUGGAAAUGUGGGCCCUUACCCAAGGGCCAGGCGUGGAUUCUCAUCUCAGAGUUCUCUGGCCCUAGAAAGGCUUAAAAAACAUGUUAAAGGACAGGAAACUCAUAAAGGCUAGCAGCACGUGGUUUCUGUAACUUUCUGCCUCAUCCUCUGUGAAUGCAGAAAUCUGCCCUACAAAAGGGUCCUCAGUGUUGCCUCUGUGAGAGCACUGCCCCCACCCAAACUGUCGCAACAGCCAGAACCAUACACCAGAGACACACUGGCAGGCUAGGCAGUCCUUUUGGUGAUCCUAUUCCAGUCGCUCCUACUGCAGUUUCUCUUGGCCUGUCCCCACUGGAAAAACAGUCUCCAUCUCUUCAAAACAGCUGCUGACUCCCUGCACCGAAGGUGCCUCUCCACCCCUACUUAGGAAGCAGCUACAAGUCAAUUGUCCUUGUACUUUCUUCCCUCCUGAUCUUUGGUUGUAGCUGGGUUCUGGGUCAGUGUAGGAGACACUUUUGGUUCCCAGUGCCCAGCACUUUGUAGUCUCAUCCCAGAUUACUGCCCCUUCCUGAUCCUCAAGCCUUGGAGAAGCAGGGAUGGGAAAUAAAUUGCUCUUCCUACCCCAUCCCCCAUCCCCUGAUAAAAAGUGAUGGCAGCCAUACUGAGUCUGUUUGUAAGGUCCAAAGUGGGUACAGACAGCCCGGGCUGGUAAAAGUAGGUCCUUAUUUACAAGGCUGCUUUAAAGUUGUACUUCGCAAACACUGAUACAGGAAGCAGGAAGAAAGGAAGAUGUUUUGAUACAAUGUAACUGUGAGCCUGUCAGUAGUGGGUACCAAUCUUUUUAUGACAUAUUGUCAUGCUGACGUGUGACACUUGCUGCACUCAUAUCCGAUGCAAAACCAUCCCAGAGCUGGCGAGAGGAUGGAGCAGGGUGGAAACUGCUUUGCACUAUCAUUUGCUUGGUGUUUGUUUUUGAUGCACAACUUGCUUGUAUAGUAAACUGUCUUCUGUACUAUUUAACUGUAAAAUGGAAUUUGGACUGAUUUGUUACAAUAAUAUAAGUCCGAGAUGUGU